CAAGAAUUAUUAGAUGGGUUUGUGAUCUCCAAUUUUGUGUAAGCAAACCCUCGAUUUUGCCCCAAAAAAUUAAAACCCCCGUCAGGAUUAUCACAAACAAACAUAGAUUUAUUCUCUUGACAAAUUUUCAAAUAUACUGAGUCAUUUGUAACUCAUGUAUGUCAGCAUCAUAUCAACAGUGAGUCGCUACUUGUUUUGUGGAAACACAUUGCUUUGAUUUUUCUUCUGGUUUCCGUGUUUGUCUACUCUAUCCUUUCUGUAUUCAUUUUCUUUUGAUACGCUUUAUCUGGAAGUCUUAUUGAAGGGAGCUUUGGCUCAGUGAAAUUCAGAGGUGCCCAAAGAGUUUAGGGCCGAAUCGGUGAAUUGGGUGUUGAUCGUUUUGAAGUUUUAGCCAUUUAAUGUUGAAUCACUGUGUUAUACAAAUCAAAGAAACGAGGGGUCGUGAAUGAAGGGGAGAUGAGAGGGGUGAUUUUGAUUUUAGGGAGACAAUGACGGGAGGGUCAUUGGGGAUACGGUCUGGUAGUUAUGGGUCAUUGGAUAAACAACUUCAAAUCAACGGCAACGGUGUAUUACCAGUCCAGACGACAACACGCAGUAAGCCUCCAAAAAUGCUCAAGGAGAAGGAAAGAUUGUUCCAUUGGAUCUGCAAGUUCGCCGGUCGCAAGAAGGUUGGGAUGCUGCUUCUUUGCAUAAUCUCGGCGGCUGUUUUUGUCUGGGUUGUGUAUGUAGGGAAAGGUGAAGAUUCACAGGAAGGUGAUCGCAUUAAUAUUGCGCUCAAUAAUGGCAGCUUGUUUAUAAAUCAUCUCAGUUUUUCACCAACAAACAGAGAGCAAAGUAGUAGCGCAGACAGCAAAACUUCUAUUAUCACAAGAGCCUUUGAGAAUUUUGCUUUGGCCCCUCCUCCUCCUCAAUAUUUUAUGGGCUACACUCUUCCACAAGGACAUGUACGUAAUAAUUUUGCUUUACCGCCACCCCCAGCCGAUAAAAAGAGAACUGGACCACGUUCAUGUCCUGUAUGCUACCUACCCGUGGAUGAAGCCAUUGCGUUAAUGCCAAAGGCUCCGUCAUUUUCUCCUGUGCUUAAGAAUCUUACUUAUAUCUAUGAGGAGAAGUUAAAUAGAGAGACAGAAUUUGGGGGCUCAGAGUUUGGUGGAUAUCCUUCUUUGAGUCACAGAAGUGAUUCUUAUGAUGUAAGAGAGUCAAUGAACGUUCACUGUGGAUUUGUCAAAGGAAUUAAACCUGGUCACCAGACUGGAUUUGACAUGGAUGAUUCUGACCUUCUUGAAAUGGAGCAGUGCCAUGGUGUGGUUGUUGCAUCAGCAAUAUUUGGAGCUUUUGAUAUGGUACAGCAGCCUAGUAAUAUCAGUGAAUAUUCCAAGAAAACGGUCUGUUUCUUCAUGUUUGUGGAUGAAGAAACUGAAGCAUAUUUGAAGAAGAAUGGUGGGUUGGGAAGCAACAGGAGAGUUGGCCUGUGGAGAGUUGUUGUUGUUCACAAUCUUCCGUACACAGAUGGAAGACGCAAUGGCAAGAUUCCGAAGCUUCUUUUGCAUAGAAUGUUUCCUAAUGGCCGCUAUUCCUUAUGGAUUGAUGGAAAACUGGAGCUUGUCGUCGAUCCAUAUCAAAUUCUUGAAAGGUUCCUCUGGAGAAAAAAUGCAACUUUUGCUAUUUCUAAACAUUAUAAACGCUUUGAUGUGUUUAUUGAAGCUGAGGCAAAUAAAGCUGCUGCGAAAUAUGAUAAUGCUUCCAUUGACUUUCAAAUUGAGUUUUACAAAAUAGAGGGCUUGACACCUUAUUCUGAGGCUAAGUUGCACAUUACAAGUGAUGUUCCCGAGGGAUGUGUUAUAAUAAGGGAGCAUGUUCCCAUCAGCAACCUCUUUACAUGUCUUUGGUUCAAUGAAGUCGAUCGGUUCACUCCCCGAGACCAAAUUAGCUUUUCCACAGUGAGGGACAAGAUUAUGGCCAAGACAAAUUGGACUGUCGAUAUGUUCUUGGACUGCGAAAGGCGGAACUUUGUCGUUCAGAAAUACCAUAGAGACGUAUUAGAACGCCUGAGAGCACCUCUUCCGGUUGCCAUUCAUCCCCCUCCAUCACCACCAGUUUUGGUUAAUGCAUCCCCAGCGAAAUUGUCAGCUGAGACUUCCCCCGAAAAGUCUGCGCCUCCUCCUCCAGGCCAGAAGCUCCCCAAGCGUGCUAGGGAUAGGAGGUCUGGCUCAAGGCGCCACCGAAAAAUUGUUGCUGGUGCUGGUGACACUGAUUAAAAUUUUGUCAGACGCGGGUAUCAUUCUUUUUUUGUCCUUCCCCUUUUGUCCAAAUUAUUCAUUGCGGGGAUAAAAGAUGUGUGCAAGAAGAGCAAUCUAGUUCUGUUUCUAUUGGAACUCAAAUCUCUCAAUUUUUAUACGUUGGGGCAUCGGUUGAUUUUCGUUCAAUUUUUUGUUGUAUAUAUUUUGAUUCCAAUAAACAACAUAUGGUUUGCCAGAAUCCUUGUUAUGGGAAAAAUACGUUGUUGUUCCAUCAUUGUUGUUGCAAAUGUUACGCCACUUCACUUACAUAAAAUAAAUCUGGGUCUGACGCCUAUGUUGUA